CCCUCUUCCCCUUCCGUAGACCACUUUCAAACAAAAUGGCUGCCCCUAUUGACAACGAUUUAAUAGAAAGGGAUUUGCCUACAGCUGUACAGCUACUGAGGAACCUCACAGAACAGCUGGCCUCAGUAACAAGUCAUGUGCGUGAGCUGAUAACAAAAGUCAAAGAUGGGGCAUUCAAGACAUCGAAGGUGAGGUUUGUCUUUUUGGACCUUCGGUAUCACCUGCUGGUCUUCUACCUCCAAGACCUCACUCACCUGAUCAGCAUCAAAACAGAAGGAGGCAAAAUAAAAGACAGUGAAGCCAUAAGUAGACUGGUCACUAUAAGAACGGUCUUGGAGAAGAUGCGACCGCUAGACCACAAGCUUAAAUACCAGAUUGAUAAACUGGUGCGCACAGCGGUCACUGGCAGUUUGGCUGAGAAUGACCCACUGCAGCUGCGUCCUAAUCCUGAGAAUCUCAUCAGCAAAUUGAGUGAAUCUGAAGAGUCUGAAGGUGAAGCUGAAAAUACAACGGAGAAGAAAGCAGCCCACUCUAGUGGCAAGAAAUAUGUACCUCCAAAGAUUGCUCCAAUGCACUAUGACGGUGACAUGACAGAAGCGGACAAGAAAAAGGCUCUGUUGGAGCGUCAGAAGCGAGCGGCCCUCAGGAGCUCAGUGAUCCAGGAGCUGAGGCAGCAGUACAGCGACGCUCCAGAGGAGAUCAGGGACAGGCGGGACUUCCAGAGCGACAAGGAGAGCCGCGACGAGCUGCACAGGAAAAAUUACGAGGAGUCUAUGUUGGUGCGUCUCAACGUGCCAACUCGUCAGAAGAACGCCAAUAAGAGAGGGUCCAUGUCCAUGUCGGGCCAGCUGAACGGCAUCACACACUUCAGUGACAUCUCAGCAUUGACUGGCGGCGAGGGGGGCCAGGAUGGGCUUAGCUCUGGCCCCAAGAAAAAGAAGAAACUCAUGAAGAAGAAAACCAAAAGAAAGGCUUUCAAGAAGCACAAAUAGACCGGCAACAUGAUGCAAGAGGACCAAAUUAUGACAAGAGGACUUAUCUACAGCCGUCAUUGUUUUAGUUUAUACUUCAGAGGAUUUGGAAACAAAGAAGUCAGUUGUGCUUGGCAUACAUUCUCCACCUCUGCAAUAUGUAUGACUUUUUCAUUCAGUUUGUCAAAUAAACAUUUACCUUUGACUCUA